AUUGUAUUUUUAACGGCAGAGACAUUCAGAUAGAGAAUCAUUUAUAUUGAAUGAAAGUGAGAGAGACAUACAUUUAAAUGAAGUGAUUGUAAAUCAUUAAAAACUUUUUUUUAAUAUGUUUGACAAAACAAAACUGUAAUAAAUGCUACAAAUAUAUGACUAUUAUAUUGUGURUAAUGUAAUAAAAUACUACUGAGUAUUAUUAACACACAAUCUGUGGGUGCAAAUGAAAUACAAAGCAUUGUUGCGGACCUUAAUAUGCAUACAAAUGAUAAGCUUAUCUUUAAGUUACUCACUUCCACGAAUCAAAUCCGAGAUACAGUCUCGUAUGGUUUACCCGAUCGGCUCUAAUGUCUCUAUAUAUUGUCCCGUUAUUGCCGACGACACGGAUCUACUGUUUUUCGAGUGGAGUCGUCCAUUGGAUCAGCCCAUAGUAGUCAAUCAUCGCACGCGGAUCACUGAUAAAGGUGUCUUAAAGAUAAAAUCAGUGAUCAUUGAAGACAGUGGAGAAUAUUUGUGUAAAGCYAUCAAUGGUUUUGGAUCCGUCACAACCAGUGUUGUACUUGAAGUUCAACCAAUUGGUUAUUUAGAGACAUUAAAUGCACAAAAAGAUAAUAUCUAUCCCAUCGACUCAUUUGAUAGUAUAUCAGCUGAAGACUACARACCUCAGCMUAAAGUUAGUCAACGAAUAACUGGUCGACAGCGCGGACGCAACAAAUUGAAACCAAUUGUUUUAAGUGCUUCUGUGGGCGAAUCAGUCAACAUAUCAUGUGAUAAGAGAGUUACUGGUCAUCGGAUCAAUUGGUAUAAGAACUCACAGAUCAUUUACAACAGUGAGCUUUCGGUCGGUUCACAUAAAUCUGGUCGACAUUUGACUCUAUCGCCCGUACGGGUGAGGGAUAGUGGUCUCUACACAUGUGUUGCUUUGGAUGACCACUUCAACAGUUCUGUGAAUCUCGUGGUUUAUGACAAACCAAAGAUGACUGCAUUACAUCCCAUCAAUAGUACUGUUGUAUUGGGAGAACCGAUAGUUUUCUACUGUAAUAUCAGCAGUCAAGUCAAACCUAUUAUUCAGUGGCUAAAAGGUAUGACUGACAUAAAUGAAGCAAUAGAUGAAAGUGUGGUUCCUAUAAAACUGAAUCUUUUUAAGUCGAUAUUCAAUUCAGAGUACUAUCAGGUACUUAAGCCAAGUGAGGUCAUCGACAACAAGAAUGACACUUAUUCUACAACUUAUGUGAUUGAAAGGACACAAACUACCGAUUCUGGAGAAUACAUAUGUUUGGCCGUUAAUCCACAAAAUGUCAACUUUGACUUUAUCUACGAAAGCACAUACUUAAGGGUACAACCAGUGUAUCCAUUGACCGGUGCCUCCAAUAUGUCCAAUGAUUCUAAUGUCUCAUUAACCGCUAUUUUUUGGAUAUCUGUGUCUGUGGUCACAGCUGUGGUCCUAUUUUUGGUCGUGUUUUUGAUAUGUCUUAACCGAAAACGAAUUACAGAAACACGGAAUUUACAGAACAAUAUCAAUAACGACAUCGAAGACAGUAUUAGUGUUACCGACGGCGCCAAUCGAUACCGAUUCACACGUGACUCGACUCCCAAAAGGGGAUACAUUUCUGGCAUUGCUUACAAUCAAAUGAACCAAAAUUUUCAGACAAAUCGUUUGAAUUACUAAAUAAAACCUCAAAUUAGUAAAUCGCAAAACAUUUGUUGUAUAAAAAGACAUCAAUUCAUAAAAUUAAAUA